AUGAUAAACCUACGAAGGACCCUGUUGACAGCUUUACUUGCACAUGCAUCAGCUCUGCUGUUACCCGCUCAGAAAUUUUCACUAAGGACGGAUGUGGCGGUACGAAAUCAUUAUGCAAAAUUGAAAAUGUCUCCGCUACAACACCUUGGCGCUUCGAUGGAACGUGAUGGCAUCGUAGUAACGUCUUCGAAACCGACCGUUGGCCAGAUGCUGACAACGGCAACACUUUGUAGUAUGCUGGUACUAAAUCCGAUGCCAACGCAGGCGUACGAUGCAUCCGACUACGCAAGCGAAACCGUACAAUUUGCCUUGCAAAGUGUCAAGGACGCGGCUGGAAAGAAGGAAGAGACGCUCAAAGCCUUCGAAAAUAUCGCCGAAAUCAUCACGGAAGGAAAAGGCGUUGGUGGGGAGAUCAACUAUCAAGGUGUCAAGCUAGAUCGCGGCUACGUAUCCGACGAAGAUACCAGUAUCUACAAUCCAGGUCUCACCUUGCUGACUGAAUCCGAGAAAGAACGUUUAGUGGAGGCUGUAGUAGACUCCAGAAAGGCGGGAUACAUCGCUAACCAAUGGAGCGACGAUAAUCAGGCUGGAUUCGAUUUUUUACGAGGGAGUUUGGAUCCCUACCAUAUGUACGAACUGCGUGGGUAUUUGGGAUUUGUGCCAUUUUAUGGUGCAGCGGUAUAUCUAGCGGUGUUGGCGGUACAGCAACUUGCCAGACCAGGAUUUCCGACUGCCUAUUUUGCAGGCGUCGCUGCAAUUUUCCUUCCAGCAAUUGUUUUAAUCGCUUUGGGUCCUCAAUAA